GCGCGUCCGCUGCCUAUAGGCUGCACAUAAAUGCACGUGUCCGGCACAUCACUGGCAGCAUACGCUGAUGGUUUGGAAAUACUGUAACACUUUCUUUUGAAGCGAUUAGGUUUUAGUUUGGUCUCCGCGCUCUUGUUCUUUUGGAAGAGCGUUUGGUUUCACUGACAGCGUUCUCACGAUGAUUCAGCUGCAUCGCCGCCGGAGAAAAGAGGCGCUGGUUUGGCUGUUGCCGGGUCUGCUUGGAGUCUGCAUGUCAUUUGGCGCAAGCAAAGCUGAUGAUGAAGAUUAUGAGGAUGUCCCCAUCAAUAAAACUUGGGUUUUAUCACCCAAGGUCUACAAAAGCGACGUCACCCUUAUCCUAAAUACAUUACUGCAGGGUUAUGACAACAAACUGAGACCAGAUAUCGGAGUGAGACCUACUGUGAUUGAGACGGCUGUAUAUGUGAACAGUAUUGGUCCUGUCGAUCCCAUCAAUAUGGAGUACACCAUAGACAUCUUUUUUGCUCAGACAUGGUACGACAGCAGACUCAAAUUCAACAGCUCAAUGAAACUCCUCAUGCUCAACAGCAACAUGGUGGGAAAAAUUUGGAUCCCGGACACAUUUUUCCGCAACUCUCGCAAAUCCGACGCCCACUGGAUCACGACACCCAAUCGGCUUCUGCGUCUCUGGAGCAACGGAAGAGUGAUGUAUACGCUGAGGUUGACUAUUAAUGCGGAAUGCUACCUUAGGCUGCAUAACUUUCCCAUGGACAAACAUUCGUGCCCACUGGCGUUUUCAAGCUAUGGGUAUCCAAAGAAUGAGAUCCAGUAUAGAUGGCAGCGUCGUUCCGUUGAGGUCGCAGACCAACGGUACUGGCGACUUUACCAAUUCGCCUUUGUGGGCCUCCGGAACACUUCUGGCAUGGCACACACUCAGUCUGGGGAAUAUGUGGUUAUGACCAUUUCCUUUGACCUGAGCAGGAGAAUGGGCUACUUCACCAUCCAGACAUACAUCCCCUGCAGUAUGAUCGUAGUUCUGUCCUGGGUCUCUUUCUGGAUCAACAAGGAUGCUGUUCCAGCCAGAACAUCAUUAGGGAUCACAACUGUGCUUACCAUGACAACGCUGAGCACCAUAUCGAGGAAGUCCUUGCCAAAGGUGUCUUAUGUGACUGCCAUGGAUUUGUUCGUGUCGGUCUGCUUCAUCUUCACCUUCGCUGCUCUUAUGGAGUAUGGGACUCUGCACUACUUCACAAGCAAUCGGCAAAGCAAAAAGACCAAGUCGAGCCACGCACAGAAACCCAGCACGGUUAACAUCAGACCCGGGACAUCCUUGCUUCAGAUCAACAACAUUGCUCCUUACCACGAGGACGAUGAUUACGCCUAUGAAUGUUUGGACGGAAAAGACUGCACCAGUUUCUUCUGCUGUUUCGACGAUUGUCGCACGGGAGCCUGGCGUGAAAACAGAAUGCACGUUCACGUGUCCAAAAUCGACACUUAUUCCCGAAUAUUCUUCCCUACCGCCUUUGGCCUAUUCAACCUCGUCUACUGGAUUGGGUAUCUGUAUCUUAAAGAUAUUGGGCAAUAAGAGAGGAACUCGGUUCCAGUACUAAAUUUUGCAAAUCAUUUGUAAAUUUUCCACCAGCUCAAUCCGACAGCGUAAGUCAAUGAGAGAGGGGGAUGCAAUGUUAAGAGGUAUUGAUGUGUCUUUUAUUGUGUAUGGGAUCUGGAUUGGAACAGUAUUUGAAUUGCCAAGUGAACAUUCCCAGCAAUAUCAGUUUUAAAACAAGGAAACGCUAAACAAUAUGAUGGGCCAUUUUCAGACUUCUACAUACGGUGCAGUUCACAUACAUAGUCCAUACGCUUAAUUGAAAAUUUUAUUUAUAGCAGCAGUUUAGUGUUGCUUGCUAAGAUCAGUGCUUAGAAUCGUUUUUUUCUAAUGGAAAUAAAAUGAUUUUUGCAAAGAAAAACAUGAUGGUAGCAUGAGGACAAACCUACGAUAAUAACAUUGACCUUACUUGUGUUCAGUUCAAAACCACACAAACCGAAGGAUGCGUCUGGAUGUUACAUGAAUAGACUUGCGCUCAAGAAAUACCCAGAAGCCAUUUACUUGGAAUUAGCCACUAAUGAUACUGUGAAAAUAUUCUUGACUUGAAAUCUGCAAUAGCUCACACAAAGAAAUGUCCGACAUAAAAGGGCUCCAAAUGAGCAUGUGUACAUUUUUAUAUAUGGAAAAAUAAGGAUAGAAUAGCCUUUACCAUUCACAACUGUUUAGUGCGAGUAGCCUCCUCAUUACAUGCCUCUAUAUUCCAGACAGCAUUUUAUCUCUCUUCGCAAAUGGUUAGAUUUCUGCGAGCUUCACGUUAGUGUAAUUGCAUGACUCAUCUUAGCUCCCAAGGCUAAUCGAUCCUUGUAUGGAAGCCGGGCAGAAAAUCAGGUUGUAGAAGGUAGAAGCUCUGUACACAGAUCCACCACCCACAGUAUAUAAAGAAACAUAACAUGCAUUUGACCAUAUAAUCUUCUUCAGCAUAGAUGCCUUCUCUACAGCACAGCACUAAUUUAAAUUCAAGAGGCAAUUUGUUCUGCGUGUUUAGAAUUACUUGAAUAAUCUGACAUGAAAGCCCUGGCGCAUGCACAGAUGAAUAGUAAACCGUAGUUGACGCGUGCGCGAGGGAAGGUGAGAUGUCUGGACCCGGCUCUCCAAACAUCAUUGCACAAAAUAUACAAGUGUUUUCUCCUGUUGAGCUUUCAGCUGUCGCUUGUUUGUUUCAUUUAAACGCUUACAUGUGGUGUGUCUUUUGCUGGAUGUUAUAUUGGGCCUACUUGCCCUGCUCUGUUGUGGUACUGUUCAUAACUCUGUGUUGUCCCCUGUUGCUAAUUUAUCAAAAUACGGUUGUCUUUCUUCUAAAAGCUUCAUAGCUCAUGUAAGAAAAGCCAUUAAUAGCUGAAACAAUAAAAAUUGAGAAAUCUAUUUAUAUUUUUGUACAUAAAUAGAUUGCUACAACAAGAAUAUGUAUGAAACACCAUAGGUUUCCGACUGUUAUUUUUUUUUCAGGAACACAAAGCAGUGACCAUCGCUUGAGCAUGUGCGUCUGUGAGUGUAUUUUCGAAGCAGCAUAUUUCUAUAUGCAUCUCUGUAUGUAUAUACGCCAUAAACACAUCUCUGUCUGCUUUGCAUUGUAAUAGCUUUAUGUUGUGGUGUUAUUGCCAUGUCUUGCGUCACUGCUUACAAUCAUGACUUCAUGUG